CAACUCAUAACUACAAGUAUGGCUUAUGCUCUCGCUGCUCUACACAUCACAAAUCACUACAGGACACAUGCAUAGGAUGGCAGGAAUUAGAAAUCCCGUUUACAGUUCAGAAUAUGAAAUUAAUCAGUUUCCACAGGAAUUGCUGGAAGCUUCACCCAGAGAAUCAUAUCCUGAAAUUGUAUCAGAUGAAGACACACUAACAAAACAAACUGAUGUACUGUCAGAUAUUCACCAUGGAACUAAUUUACAACUGGAACAAGAAAGUUUCCACCACGACAUUAUUUCUGAACAGAAUAUAUCUUUACAGGAACCUAUGAAUUUAGCAAAAAAUUGUAGACGAACAGGCUAUGAUGAAGAAAGUGUCGAGAAAACCAGAGAUGCAGAGUUCUGGAGUAAAUGGAGCAAAUGUUAUUCAAGGCAUUCACAUGUAGUACGAAGAAUUUUCAUUGUGAUUCUCAAUGCAUGUGUAUUAGGUUAUCUAAUAACUGCUAUAAUGUUUUAUAAUACUCAAGGAGAUUGUGACUUAGAAUGGUGUGAUGGAGUGGGGCUGCUAAUCAUACUAAUGGUGCUUACAUAUUUGGGACUUAUAUAUUACAGCAUCAUUAAGAAAUUCUUUGGCAUGUUGAUAUAUAAGCACAUAUUGAUACCAAUCCAUGAAUGGUGGAGCAGACUAAUGACAUAUCGGUAUUUGAAAACAGCAUCAUAUUUAUUGCCGUUGGGAGCAAUAAUAGUGUACCUCAUUUUGGAUACACUUGACAACACUGAGAGACUGAAAUCGUGUAUUGGUGUGGUUGUGAUUAUGGUAGUAGGAUUUGCAUUUUCUCGGCAUCCUGGACAGAUUCGAUGGCGGCCAGUUAUUUGGGGCUUGUGUAUCCAGUUUGUACUUGGCUUGAUCUCCAUUCGUUGGUCUGUUGGUCGAAGCAUCUUUCAGUGCAUUGGCAACAAAAUUGCUACAUUUCUUGCCUACAGUGAUGCAGGAUCUACAUUUGUAUAUGGUGAUCUGCUCAUUGACAAUGGAUAUUUUGCAUUCAAGUCGCUUUCAGUCAUCUUCUUCCUGAGUUUCUUCGUGCAGAUACUGUACUACUAUGGUGCUAUGCAGUGGGUUCUGUUGAAACUAGGCUGGCUACUGCAGAAGUCGAUGGGAACAACUGUAUGUGAAUCUGUCAAUGCACCUGCUAGCAUUUUUCUCAGCAUGACAGAGUCAGCAUUACUGUUCAAGCCAUUCAUUAAGGAUCUUACAAAGUCAGAGAUACAUGCCAUCAUGACAGAAGGCUUUGCUACUGUUGCUGGUAGUGUAAUGGCAGCAUACAUCAGUUUUGGUGUGCAACCAGUGCAUCUCCUGACAGCUUCCAUCAUGUCUGCUCCUGCUGCUUUAUGUGUGUCAAAGCUUUUCUAUCCAGAAACAGAGCAAAGUAAAACAACAGCAGAAAACAUUGUUAUAGAGAAAGCUGAUGACAACAGUGUUUUGGAUGCUGCAACAAAAGGAGCAAUGCUAGGCAUCCAGUUGGUACUUGGAAUUAUUGCUAACCUUAUUGCCUUUGUGUCAUUCAUUGCCUUUCUUAAUGGAGUGCUCUCCUGGCUUGGCAUGCUUGUUGGGGUUGAAGGUCUCUCUUCAGAGUUAAUCCUUGGGAAAGUUUUCAUCCCACUGGUAUGGAUAAUGGGCGUUGAGUGGGAGGAAUGUGAGGAGGUAGCCCGACUUGUUGGCGUCAAGACAUUAGUAAAUGAAUUUGUGGCUUAUCAACAGAUGGGCGAGAGUAAAAGUGCUGGAUUGCUCUCACCCAGAUCAGAAAUUAUAGCAACAUAUGCACUAUGUGGAUUUUCAAACCCAGGAGCCAUCGGCAUAAUGAUCGGUGGAUUAGUAAUGUUGGCCCCUGAACGGAGGAGUGCAAUAACUGAGGUGGCUUUCCGAGCCUUCAUUGCUGGCAGUGCCACCUGUUUUCUCACCGCAAGCAUAGCUGGAAUGUUAAUUCCAGAUGACAUCUUAUCCUGAGCCAUGACAAUGCCAGUGUUUAUAAGUGAUUUCUAUAAUUUUGUAGUUAAA